AUGGCUUUGGAAGAGGCGCCAACACUGAAAAGCAAGGCCGAAACGCUUCAAGAGAAGAUCGAAACCCCUAAGACGAAGGUCGACAAACCUGUGGCAAAGCCUCAGCAGGAUGACGACCUUACGACCAAAUUGCUGACCUUCCUCUCAACGGCGACACCGGAAACCCUUGGUGCCAUUGCAGUCUGCCUGGCUGCCGUCACAUACUUCAUACUAGGGCAAAUAGGACUCGUGAUUAUCGGCGCGUUUGCCGGCGUUACCCUUCACUCUUCGUGGGAGGCGCGACACCCCGAUGUCUCCUUGCGGCGUGAAAGGGGCUACGACAUUCUCGAUCGACUUGUCAAAACGAGGACGCAAGCGUCGAGUAUAAAGUCGGAAGAAGAUCAAGAGAAUGAGAUACAGACGCUUAGUCGAAACUUCGACGACUUCCAGCCCGAGACGAGGGAAGCGCUGAACGCGUUGGUGGAUGCUGUCGUCCGCGACUACGUCGAGUGGUGGUACGGCCCUAUACUGCCGAAAGACAAGUCAUUCCCGCUGUCCUGCCGCAAGGUCUUAACCAACUUUCUCCUUUCCAUAUCGAAUCACUUGUGCCGUAAACGACCAGCUGAUGCCUUCGUCGACUUCCUCACGCAUACGUGCUCCAUCAUUAUCGUCUUCUUCACAGAGAUGACGGCCGCUUACGCUGUGCUCCCGACCGUGGACAGCUCGACCACGGCAGCCGAUGCCAUCUACAACUACCUCGCCUCCCAUACAGAUUCGCCCUUGUCAAACCUGUUGAACCAGAGGGAGCAAACGGGAAAGUUCAAGAUGGUUGCAGAGGAUCUCCUUAGUUACCUGGAACGCUCUACGUAUGACUGCGAUCCAGCCCGGGUCUUCCUCCGAGAGAUCCUUGCGACCAUUAUCCUCGAAGGAACAUUGCAAACUUGCUCCAAGCCUGAAUGGAUCAACGCCUGGAUCGUCUAUCUCCUAGAAUCAGGGGAGACCGAUCUGUCCCAGGCAAUCGACGAGGCUAUCCAGGACCAGAAGGCAUUCGCUGAUGUUGACGGCAACUUCGGCAAUAUCAGUCUUUCUAAAGGGAAUCGCAACAGUUAUGAGAUGGACCGAGCUCGCAAGAAGGAGAUAGCCCACAAGAAGAAGUUGUCAAAAGCCGACGAGGAAAUGGAGCAAGCAAUGGAAGAGAUGAAGAAGCUCAAUGAAAUGAUUGCGAAAGCAGAGAAGGCCAAACCAAAAGAAGGGUCGAAAGAUGAAGAAUCGGCUGCGUCCGGUCUAAUAAACAACGGCGUGAAGAGGAACGCUAAGGAACUUGAUCUGAAGACAAAUGCUUCAUCAGUGGCGAACACCGUCUCUGCCCCGUCAAUUCCCAAGGGGAACCCCAGUAAAAUUGAAUCAGCUACGGAUUUGCUCAUUUCACCGAUGUCAUCCGAAUUAGCAACAACGGAAGCCACUCUGAGAUCAAACGUGGACCUCACGAAUCCAGUGCCAUCACCAUGUCCGGCGAAAGAGUCAGCAGCGAGCUCUCGGUUCACGAACUUUGAUCAAAUAGUGCCCCCCGCUAAAGACGAACCUGAUGAGGAAGAAAUCCGCCGCCUGCAGCCCCUUACUCUUCACAACGCAACUAUCACAAUCCACGACGAUCCAGGCAAUGAAAAGGGUAGACUCCGAAGCAAACCGAGUUGGGAGUACCUCAUCCAGAUUGAACCUGCCUCAUCUCAACACCCAGGCUGGAUGGUGAUGAAAACAUACGUUCAGUUCGAGUCUCUUCACGAGAGUGUGCGACGCAUUGCGGCCGUCUCUGGCGCAACAGCAUUCAUGGAGGCGCAUGCAAACUUCCCUGGUUGGAAAACGCACACCAGAUCAUCUCUUCGUGGGGAAAUAGAAAGAUAUAUGCGCAUGGCUUGUUCGGAGAAAUCCUUAGCAGAAUCGGAAGCUAUGAAGAAAUUCCUUGAAAAAGGCCAAGAAACGCGGAUGGGCAACAAUAGAGGCUUUUCAUUCGAAUCUAUGGGCAAAGGAAUGCUUGAUGCCAUCCAGAAUGCACCAAAGGGUGCCUUUGAUGGAGGUAAAGUGAUGGUCGGAGGCGUGACCGGAGUGUUUGGCAACAUAGGACUUGGACCGCGAAAAUCGACGAAUUCAUCAAUUCAGGAGGCACAAGUGCCCAAAACAAGCAGCAUUCCUUCGAGUCGUCCGCAGUCCACGUCUUUUCUCCCGCGGAUGGAUGCAAGCGCUUCUAUGUCCAGGGACAGUCUCGACAGCCAGAGAUCGUCGAUCAUUGCGACGCAGCCGGGUAAAAUUGCACCAAUGGAGCGACGGUCGAGUUAUCAAAUGGACUUUGAAGCAGAUGGUCCGCAAAAUACUCGGGCAGAUAAUUGGGAGCGUAAGUCGCUCAGCACGGCUAGUAGUAGAGUGAACAGUCGAGCCUCGAGUAUGGCUGCACUUCGUUCGCCGUUGCGAUCACCAUCAGAGAUGAGUCUCAGCCACCUGAAACUUCCUCCACCCCCGAAUGAGAUUUCGGAUGAUUACGGAUCCCCCGUUGCGACUCGGCGCAGCUGCGAUGGUCCGUGGAAAAAUGACGGUCUCCUAUCCCCACAUUCUCCUCACACGUCGUUCACAUCCUCAUCCCCUUCCCGUUCUCCCGAAUAUCAACAAUCGGAAAAGGCAGCUCAGAGCAAUGGCAUCGCCUCCGUGAGGCGUCCUCAGAAGCAGCACCCACCAUUGUCCGAGCAGGAGACUAGGGUGGCAGUCGAGCUGCUUUUUGCUGUGAUCAACGAGCUGUACGCAUUGUCGUCGGCCUGGAACAUCCGGCGAACUCUCCUCACGGCGGCAAAGACCUUCCUCAUCCGUCCCGGAAACCCAUCUCUGGUGUCUAUCCAGUCCCUGAUUCAGGAGUCCGUUCUUGAUGCCAACAUUUCGGAUGAGGGGAUGGCGGCACACCUUCGAAAGUUGCGGGAGAACUCACUUCCCACGGAAGAAGAACGGAAAACUUGGCCGGCCGAACUGACCACGGAGGAGAAAGAGGAGCUCCGAGUCAAGGCCCGGAAGCUGUUCAUACAGAGCAGUGUUCCCGCAGCGCUGAUAGGCAUCAUGGGACAGUCGGCCACGGGCGAAGCGCUGGGUCGCUUGUUCGAUUGCUUACAGAUCGAGGAAGUUGCAAGAGGACUGUUCUUUGGCAUCAUGCUGCAAGCUGUGCGGAUCAUCACGCACUAA